AUGCGUCAGCUGCAAUCAGAGCAAUCUCGAGUUCUGGAUAUCGUCGAUGAGUUGCGCACCAUCGGCGUUGGGGCCCUGGUGGAGCUGCCCCAGCUGAUUGUCUGUGGCAAUCAAUCCAGCGGCAAGAGUUCGGUCCUGGAGGCCAUCUCCCGCGUUCGAUUUCCAGCCAAGAGUAAUGUGUGCACGCGGUUCGCGACCGAAGUCAUUCUCCGCCGGCGACCGUCAAGUAGUAUCAAAAGACUCCGCGGAUUCACCUCGGAGGCUUUCUCCAAUGGCGACGACCUCCCCUCACUGAUCGAGAAAGCCAAGGAGUGCAUGGAAAUUACGGAAUCCGUGAACGCCGGUUUCAGUGAUGACGUGCUCAAGGUGGAAAUCUCUGGCCCAGACAAGCCCGAGCUGACGUUGGUGGACCUGCCAGGCCUGUACUACUCAACCAGCCAGGACCAAGGCCGCAAGGGCAUCAGCAUCGUCCGGGGCAUCACCGAGAGAUACAUGAAGAACACCCGCAGCAUCAUUAUGGCGGUCAUCACGGCGAAGGCCGACUACCAUCUACAGGAGGUCCUGGACAUGGCCCGAAAGUUUGACCCGCAACGAGAGCGAACGCUUGGUAUAAUUACCCAGCCGGACAUCCUGGAGCCCAGUUCGGAAGAGGAGGAUACAUACCUGCAAUUCCUCAGAAAUGAUAAAGUAUCCUUGCAGCUUGGCUGGCAUGCGUUACGCAAUCGUUCGUUUGAGACGAGAGAUGCAUCAGAUGAUGCUCGAGACGAAAAAGAAGCUGCGUUCUUCGAACAGGGCCGGUGGGCCUCAAUCCCUUCCGAAAACGUUGGCAUAGAUAGUCUUCGUCGUCGGCUGAGCAACAUACUGUUCAAACACAUUCGCCGCAACCUUCCCGAGUUGGUCACAGAUGUCCGAAAGAAAAUCGAGAUUCGGCAGAGCAGACUCACGACGCUUGGGGAGGCUCGUUCAAGCCUGCAGCAACAGCGAGGCUUUCUUCUCGGCAUAAGUACCGGCUUCGAAAAAAUUACAGGCCAGGCAUUGAACGGCAUGUAUUCAGACAGGUUCUUCGAAGAUGGGCCAGAGUAUAUUCUCAUGGGUCAGGAUGAUCGCCGCCUCCGAGCGAUGAUUAGAGAACUGAAUGAGUGCUUCGCUGAGGCCAUGAGUGUCAGGGGCAAACGACGCACUAUUAUACAUGGCUGGAAUCAGAUACUAUCACGUUCGGACAUCGCAGCGUUGAGCGCCAAACCCUAUAUGAAAGACUGGGAAUACUCAUGCGUCAGCCGCGAAUCUCUUGAGCUCGAACUCAACAGCCAAGCGCGUCGAAAACGAGGUAUCGAGCUGCCCGGAAGUGCCAAUCAAUUGCUUGUCGGAGAUCUGUUUCGUGACCAGGCCAGACCUUGGGAGGAAAUUGCUCGUGAGCAUAUGAUGCACGCUUGGUCGGUAGUGAGAUAUUUUAUCCAUUCUGUCCUGCAACACCUCACGACCGAGCACACAUAUUCGUUGAUAGCCACGUCUCUUAUCGACCCGGAACUCGACAAGAUGAAAGAGUCCCUCCUGGCGAAGCUAAAAGAGUUGACCGCUUACACGAAACGUGGACACCCUCUGCCUGUAGGAAAGAGCUUUCUUUCUAAGAUCCAAGAAUCCCGAGAUGACCGCCAGUUCAAAGCACUAGAGCAAAGACUGUUGUCGUCAAAGAAUGCUUCUGCGGAUGCUUCCUUUACCUUGAACGACUUGAAAAAGGCUACCACAGGUUCAGAAACAGAGGGAAAUGAGUUCGCUGCGGCGGAAAUCAUUGAUCAGAUGCAAGCGUACUAUGAUGUUAUGACCUUUGUGGAUAACGUGGCGAUUCUUGGCAUCGAGAACUGCUUGCUCGCCCCCCUAGAAACCAUUUUCACAGCCCAGACUAUCAACAACUUAAGCGAUGAGAGGAUUCAAGAUCUUGCCAGUGAACCAUCCUCGGUUGAGCAAGAGCGAAAGCGCUUGUCUGAAGACCUGCGCAAAUUGCAAGAAGGCUUAAGCACACUCCGCCUUUUCAGCACACAGAUGCCAACACUAUCAAAACCCAUGGUCUUCAGUAAGGUUCCGUUGACCACGCAGAGCCCUCUAUUUAAUGCCAGGACUUCGAUUCCUUUCAGAAGCACUAACGAAUGCGAGGACUCAAAGAAAAACGGUCCUUCUUGUAAGUGUGUAGGCUGA